UUUCAAACACAUAUAUAUCCGUAUUAUUCCCUGCUCACACCUAACUCUCUCUCUCUCUAACCUGCCACCCCUCCUCUCUCUCUAAACCUGCAACUCCUCCAAAUCUUUGCACCAUGGGUUUAUACAAUCUUUUGGUCCUUUAACAUAUACUCCUUCAUCUUCAUCUGGUUUCAUUAGAUUGUAGAGAGGGAGACAAAUUUAUUGUUCUUUUUUAUUGUGACACGCGUCAAUACGUGGAUUCCUGGCAUUUCUCCAUUUUCAGGCUGAGUUCGCCCGGAAUUUAGAGACAGAAACAUUUGUUCUGUUUUUGCUGGAGGUUUGAGUCGGCAAACAGUGUCUUUAUCCGGGUCUGUUAACUUCCAGAGUCUGAAAUUCAUAAUACAUGAAGAGAUAGAAACCCAAAUAGAAGAACCAGGGCUCUUCCCCUUUCAGAGCUGCCUUUUAGAGAGAGAAACAGUGUUCCCUGUCUCAAUAACCCUUCUGCGCCGCGCCGCCCUGUUCCCACAAUCUAGAGAGAGAAAGAAGUCUGGGCGUUCUGCUUGUUAGAGAAAGAAGCUGUGUACCCGAUUUCUACAGAGAGUUCAACAAAUUCUAGAGAGAGAAACAAAAUUUUAGAGGGAGAAACAACAUAGAGUUCAAUGGAUCAAGUGCGCUCAGAUGAAGCCCAACCUAACUACGCCCUAACAGGGAAAAUCAUGAUGAGCGCGGUCGUAGUCCUCUUCACCAUCGUCCUCCUCAUCCUCUUCCUCCACAUCUACGCCCGCUGUUUCCUCAUUCCCCAAGCAACGCGCCGGACCCGUGCGCGCCGGCGCCAUCGAGCCGCGGGCUCAGUUAACACGCACCAUUUACAGCAAGCGAGUGGGCUGGAACCCGCCCUCCUGGUGGCUCUGCCGACCUUUGACUUUGACCCAUCCAACCCAGCCCACCAGGGCUUGGCCGACUGCGCUGUUUGCCUCUGUGAGUUUGAGGCCGGCGAGAUGGGCCGGUUCUUGCCAGCUUGCGGCCACGGGUUCCACACCGAGUGCAUUGACAUGUGGUUUCUUUCUCACUCUACAUGUCCUCUGUGUAGAAAGAUUGUGAAGAAGGGGGAUAUCUUGAAUGGGGUUCCACAAAUUCAGAUUGUGAUAGACCCUGCCGCCUCGGGUGCGGUUCAAGAGGCUUCAUCUGUGACCGCAUCCGGGUCUGGGUCUGGUUCGGCGAAGAUUGGAAGGUCGCUGAGCUUCGAUCAUAUGUGUUCUUCCAAGGAGGGUUUGGAUAAUGAAGAGAGUAGCAGUAGCAGAAGGGCUGAGAGUUUUAGGAAGUUGAGGAGGAUGUUGAGUUCGAGAUGAUGUAAUGGAUAGAGCCUUGUGACUCAAAAAGUCCCACAUGAUUUUGUGUUGGUUUGGGGUGUGAAUCAUGUACCUCUACUCAUCCGGGUCAGGUCUGGUUCGGUGAAGAUUGGAAGGUGGCUUCGUUUGGACAUUGAACAGAGUAGGAGUAGCAGAAGGGCUGAGAGUUUGGACAUUGAAGAGAGUAGCCGUAGCAGAAGGGCUGAGAGUUUUAGGAAGUCAAGGAGCUGGUUGAGUUUGAGGUAAUGUAAAGGAUAAAGCUGUCUGACUCAAAAGUCCCACAUGAUUUUGGGGUAGGUUGGUGCGAAUCCUCAGUAGGACCUCUGCUUUUUCGUCAUUUCGUCCGAACCUCGUAACAAUUAUAUAAGAUAGCUACACGAAUCUUGUUCUGUCAUUCUCGGGCUUUUAUCUUUAUUUGGUCCUCGACCCAGCAAUUUUGGAUUCACAAACUUGGGCUAGAGUUCCUUCUACAUUAUCCCUAUUGUGGUUUGAAUGGGGGGUAUUUGUUUUUGCAUUUGUUUUGGGUACUAGGAGAUGAUCAUGCUCUGUAAUAUACUACUGGAAGGGAAAAAACAUGAGGCAGUACUUCUUUUGGUUCAUAUACGCGAUUCUGUGAUAUGGCUUGUGCAUUAACUGCUGUUUUCCUAACCAUUAAGCACAGAAGGGCAAUGGUGACUGAUGAGAUGCUGAAGUUCUAAGAAGCCAAAUACUUAAUAACUAGUGAGGCAUGGUUUGUUCUCAAAAA